AUGGCAACUAGUACUACAUCAUCAUCAUCAUCAUCAACAACAACUCAUCAGUAUCAAUACAAUAACAAUCAAUCAAAUGCAUUCAAAGCAUUGAUGGCUGCAGCCACAUCAUUACAUCAGCAAGAGAAUCAGGAAAACUACUCUCCACGCGUCAACCUCAACAUCAACAAUAAUAAUAACAUCAUAAACAAGCAACCAACAUCAUCAUCAUUAUCAUCAAUAGCGGCACCAACAUUACAACCAACAUCACAACAACAACAACAACAACAACCAACAUCUUCACUAAUCACUAAGUCAAUGGUGAUCAGACCUUCCAUCCCACCACACUCCGCCCCCACAUCUACCAUGGCAACUCAGCCAAUUCAGCCAAGCCAACCAGUACAACAACACCAUCACGACCCCAAUGUUAAUAUCAUUGUCAGGGAGCCCAUCAAGACAAGCCAAGGCAUUAUAUACAAGGAGUACCACCAGGGUGAGUUCCUGGGCAAGGGUGGAUUCGCCAGAUGCUACACAAUGACCGACCUGGAAACCAAGCGUGUCUAUGCCGCCAAGAUCGUCCCCAAAUCCGCGCUCCAGAAACCAAGACCCAGAUCCAAGUUGAAGUCUGAGAUCAGGAUACACUGUUCGCUGAACCAUGAUAACAUUGUCAAGUUUGAACAUUGUUUUGAGACUGAUGAGAACGUAUACAUCCUACUUGGAUUGUGUAAUCAAAUGGUGAGUGAUUGA